ACACUAAGCCUUUCACUCCCACGAAAAGACAAACCCACACCUUGCUUCCUUAGGACGCAAUUUCCACACUCCCUCCCAUACCCUAUUCACAGAAACGGUCAGUGGCUCAGUCACAGAGACCCUCUACCCGGCCUGCCUGCCUGCCUGCCUUGUUGAACACAAUGGCCAAGGAGGAGGACGUUGGUUCAGCUUUGGCUUUGAAGGGAAACACUACCAGUACUACUAGUACCAAGACUGCUGACCAACACAAACAGUUGGAUGGUCAACCAGUUUCAGUUUCGAAGCCUAGAGAAAGUAGCAGGCGAAGAAAGCGAUACUCCAGAAAUCCACGAAAUAAACCACUGCUUUUCCAGUCUCGUCCUCCACGUGUCCCAAUCCUCCCUCCUCCACCACCUCCUCCUAGAGUUUUCAAUCAGCUAUCAAUGAGAUUUCUAUUUGAAAAGCGAUUACAAAAGAGCGAUGUUAGCCCAGCUGGGCGCAUUGUGAUACAUAAGAAAGAUGCAGAAAUGUAUUUGCCAGCCUUGGAAGCCAAAGACGGCUUCUGGAUGCACUUGGACGACAUGGAUUUUAUGCAAGUCUGGAGUAUUAAGUUCAGGUAUUGGCCCAAUAACACAAGCCGAAUGUAUGUUUUCGAAAAUACGAGAGACUUCAUUGCUGGACAUGGAUUAGCUUAUGGCGACUUCAUCAUGGUUUUCAAAGACGAAGAGACUGGAUCCUAUCUGAUCCGUGCUAAAAGGUCGGUGGUUCCGGAUAACAACACGGUUGUUUGUACUCCAGCAGUGGAAGAAUUAUUUUGCACGCGCACGCAGCUUUAUUAUGGCGGUACCAGUUACAAGCAUGACACUUCUCACAUGUAUCACCCUCCUGCUUUCACACUCCAUGACACAUCACCAAGCUUUGAAUCCAUCAACUUUACUCUUUUUGGAUGAAUAUCUAUCUAUCUAUCUAUAUAUAUAUAUAUAUAUAAGGAGAGAGAUUAAAAAAAAACAGAAAAAAAGAAGAAAAAGAAAAGAAAACUAUAUACAUGUGUAUCACUUUCCCGUACUAGUAUUUGAAAGUUGUUACAUAUAUGGCUAUGUUUUCUGCUCUUUUCUCCAUAAAUAAAAUAAUGCUUUAUGCUUCUGGCUUUGCCUCAGAGGGUAAUGCAUAUAUAUAUGUAAAGGGCCUUUUCAUAGCCCUUAUAAUUAGUUGGAGUUCCGGUUAAUGCUUUUA